AUGAACGUGCUCCUAAACGCCAAUGACCAUUACAGACAGUCAUCUCAAGGCUCGCAUCAGCGAAAGAUAUUCGAUUAUGCCCCGUCCAGUGUUGUCAGCAGCGUCAGCUCAUCGUGGGAUGCUGAGCACGAUUAUGAUGCGGAAGCCACAAAUCAAGUGCAAGUGAUGUUGGAGCACCUCGAAACAUUCUUGUACCAGGAAAACAACAUCCUAGACGGAAAUCCAACGCUACAGGAGGAAUGUGAAGAGUGGGCGUCGCUAUUCCCACAUUUGAGAAUUCGUGGCCAUCAGACCCUACCCUCGAGCGACAUCGGCUAUGAGGCAAUCCCGCGCAAUGAACUACGAUGUCAUUCCCCAUACUUCUAUAUACCGGAGAGUAGCUCUGCCUCCCACCGCUACUCCCAAGCGUUGUCUCAAGACGCGCUGAACGUGGAGGGAAUCGGCCUGGGGAGCGACAUAAUCGGACAGAAGCAUGCAGAUAGACCGAUAGCGGAGGCCAGCCCUGCCGUUGAUGAGCAUUCUUUGCUCGGUCGGAGUAUGUUCUCCUGGACUGAUUCAAAAACCAGCGAUGCUCUCAACGCUUUGAAGAAAGGAACGCUGCAAACCAGUGGAUACCAGUGGCAAAUCUUUGGAUAUCAGCCAUCAGGCGCAGAGGGCGAAGAUGGAACCCCUGACGGAGAUGAAGAGGACCGAUGCCCGACACCUACGCCGGACAACCCACAUCCGCAACCAAUACAUUCUACGGCUGCGAAGCGCGCCAGAUGGAAUGUUGAAGCUGUAUCGGCGGGAAGCGGGAGCUUUGAAGUGCUAAAGAAGGCACUCAGCAACCUGAAAGGGGAUGGGACCCGAAAUCACUUUGCCCUCCUGAAACAUAGCGUUCACCCUUUGGUGCAGCCGCAACCUCAGCAUCGGGGCCGUAGCCCAGAUUGUGGUGUAUCUUUCGUGUCGUGGGCAUCAAUCGGGGCAAAGCCGGAUGGUGUGACGCAAACGCACGACGAAACACCCUUUUUGACCGUUUAUGACGUUUUGCCCGUUCUACAGAAUGUGAACUGCGCCAUAUAUGAGUACCUGUCUCCAACUUUGGAAAACCUCCUCGCAGUUUCCGCUCAGCUUUUCUCAGCGUCCGUCUCGCUGGUAGAUGACGGGUGCGGAUCUUGGUUAAACGAAACUAACGAGGAAGUGUUUGCUGCGGAUGGGGAAGUAGAAGAGUGGAUCGCUUCGGAAAAUCAAAGCGCUGAGGACGCUGAAGACGACAAGCAAAUCAAACAUCAUUCUCAUCGUCGGAGAGCAUUACCACCGGUGACUCCAAAUGCUAGUAUUCGGCAAGAUAUACUGGGCCAUCUCUUCGAUGACAUCUGGUCAGAGAUGGUGCCCGUGUUCCAGCCUUUGCUGAACGCUCUAUCAGAUGAGAAGGGCGAUGAGGAUGACAAGGAUGAUGAUCUUAUCGACAAGCUACCAUUUGACGACAUGAUAUUGAGAGAGCUAGCGGACGAUGGACUACUCAGCGCAAUGACGAUUCGUCCCGUUUCCCUGCAAAAGCGGGAUCAUAGCGCUCCGCGGCCCAAAGCGAGCGCGGACGGCACUGUGUACAAUGCGCCAUCCAUGGCAGACUUCUAUGGCGCAUUUAGCUCAUCGUCUAGACCGGCAUCAGCGCGGCCAACUUCCGCACGACCAACGUCGGGUCGACAUCAUGGCGAUGUCUCUCAGUACGGGCAUCAGAAUCACUCCUCAAGAAUGCAGUCAGCCGCUCAGUCCGCCAACAAGGCGUCGUAUAAUUGGAAAAGGAACAAUCCUGGAGCGCGCCUACUGCCGCUGCCUGCGGUCUCGGCCAAUACCUCGGUGAAUGUGAUAUCGACCACUAACACCAUGAAUGAUAUGAUCUAUGGGACGAGCAUUGGUUAUGGGCAAACCAAAUCGGCAGCAACGCACGCCUGGGAUUCAUCACGCCCAUCAACAUCCAUCCCCGGCUCCAAUACUGCAUCGAAACGUUUACCACCAAUACGCGGAGGUACUGUCUUGCAUUCCCAAGACGGUAUAGAUGGCCUAACAAAACAAAGCACACGGCACGUUAUCUUCGAUGCUCCAGAUGCAGCUGAUGGACCUAUGCAGCGACUGCGUCCGGCGUCGCCCCGGCCUUUCUCGGCGAGGAGACAGCCUUCAGCGGGCAUACGGCGGGUACGGCCGCACACCGCCAUUGUGAUAGAUGAAUCCAAGAUGACCGCUCCAAUAAGCCGAACUGCAGCAAAGCCAAUCCCACGAAAUAAUCACGGGCAUAAUAGCAGUGUGUCACUGUAUGGAGAAGAACGACAUCAAGACCCCUCCAAUCCAGUACUGGGCAUCCGGAUGCGGCAAGGAGUCAAAUCAGCGAUAGGACGGCGAAAAGUGGCCACCAACGUAUAUUGACCAAAGCCGAGACGACAGGACUGUACAUUUCUUUUUACUACCCCGGUGCUUAUGACUCUUGUAUAUCGUGUUACAUAUUCUACAAACUCAAAUCUGUUUAUUGUCCGGAACUUGGCGAUAAGCUUUCGAUGUCCAUAUAACUUCAUUCCAAAACCUUUCAUCAGAUUCUGACUGCCCCUGACAGCAAGCAUGCUAAAGCUCUUGUUCAUAAGAGGGGUGAAAGAUCAGUCUAGCUAAAUCCUCCAAAGCACAUUAUGACCUUUCUCAUCUUACUGACGACUACCGUGUGUGAAAACUAAGUGCCUUCGAAUGUUUAAUCGUGAGUACUGACAGUGCGACCUAUCUCUUGCAUCGAUGGCAGAUAUCGAUUUCGCCCAGCCGGACGCUGAGACGGUUUUGUAGCUUUUGCUGGGGCCCUUUUGUUCAGUACC